AUGUUGGUCGAUUACGAGGGUUCGGAGUAUGCGGCACACGCCAAUAACCUGUACCGCCGCCGAGAUUACGACUUUGAAGACAAGAACGUCUCGUUCCUCACCCUGGACGAGUACGUCAAGUCGGUCGGCGACGCCACCAUGUACGACAAUGAUGGCCACCAGUUCGACAUCGAGCCCCAGAGUCGCAAGCGCGUUCGACAGAGUCUCGGUCUGUAA